CCGCCCACACACAGAGCACGCGCAUGCAGAGUGCGUCACAGACCGCGGAGGAAAAGAAAAACCCCGGCCGGCGUUUUUCAACUCCAUAUGCCUCUGCCUGCCCGAGGCGACCCCUCCGCGCUCCAGGCCUGCUCGCUGCGACCUCGCCCGCUUUAAGACUGCGCAGCCGCUCGACGAGACAGCCGCGGGGGGCCAUGCUGUGCCUGUGCUUGUACCUGCCCGUGCCCGACGCGGACAGCUGGGAGUACGAGUUCUUUGAGGCGGACGGUCUCCCCGAGAACCUGCGCACAGUCCUGCGUCUCGCCCUGUUCGUCCCGUCGCGAGAGAUCGCCAAGUACUUCCUGUGGCGGCAGCAAAUCCUGAAGGCCGGUGACAAGAACAAAGACGGCCUGCUGGACUUCGACGAGUUCGUGCGCUACCUCAAGGACCACGAGAAGAAGCUGAAGCUCGCCUUCAAGAGCCUGGACAAGAAGAAUGACGGGCGCAUCGACGCCUCGGAGCUCGUGCAGUCGCUGGAGACGCUGGGCGUGAGGAUCACGCUGGAACAGGCGGAGAAGAUCCUGGGGAGCAUGGACAGAGACGGCACCAUGAUGGUGGGCUGGGACGAGUGGCGCGACUACCACCUGCUGCACCCGGCCUGCAACAUCAAGGAGAUCAUCGGAUACUGGAAGCAUUCCACGAUCCUGGACGUGGGGGAGAGCCUCUCGGUGCCGGACGAGUUCACGGAGGAGGAGCGUCUCACGGGGAUGUGGUGGAGGCAGCUGGUGGCCGGCGGCGGUGCCGGCGCCGUCUCCCGCACCUGCACCGCGCCACUCGACCGCCUCAAGGUCAUCAUGCAGGUGAAGGCGUCGCGGUCCAACAGCAUCAGCAUGGUGAGCGGCAUGAGGCACAUGCUGCGCGAAGGCGGCGUGCGCUCCCUGUGGCGCGGAAACCUCGUCAAUGCGCUCAAGAUCGCGCCCGAGUCGGCCAUCAAGUUCAUGGCGUAUGAGCAGAUCAAGAAGCUGAUCGGCUCCCAGCAGGAGACGCUGGGCAUCCAGGAGAGGCUGGUGGCCGGGUCGCUCGCCGGCGCCACGGCACAGACGAUCAUCUACCCGCUCGAGGUGAUCAAGACGCGUCUGACGCUGGGCAAGACGGGCCAGUACCACGGCAUGGUGAACUGCGCCAAGAAGGUGUUCCGCAGAGAGGGCAUGCUCGCCUUCUACAAGGGCUACGUGCCCAACAUGCUGGGCAUCAUCCCCUACGCCGGCAUCGACCUGGCCGUGUACGAGACGCUGAAGAACGCGUGGCUGCAGAGGCACCAGUCUGAGAGCGCCGACCCCGGCGUGCUGGUGCUGCUGUGCUGCGGCACCGUGUCCUGCACGUGCGGUCAGCUCGCCAGCUACCCGCUGGCGCUCGUUCGCACGCGCAUGCAGGCCGCCGCGUCGAUGGCGAGCGUGGGCGACGCUCCCGUCACCAUGGUGGGCCUCUUCCGCUCCAUCGUGCGGCAGGAAGGGCUGCUGGGUCUGUACCGCGGCCUGGCGCCCAACUACAUGAAGGUCAUCCCGGCCGUGAGCAUCAGCUACGUGGUCUACGAGAACCUCAAGCAGGCGCUCGGGGUCACGUCCAGAUGAGACCGCGGCCGGCUGCACGCUCGCUCGCUCGCUCGCCCGCCCGCUCGCCCAGCUCUCCUUCCUCCCGCCGCUCCGCCCUGGGGGGCCCCAUCCGUCUCCUCCGCCAGUGCUCGUCAGCCGGGCGGGGUCACCGGAGGUCAAAGCGGGGGCGAUACGGAGAAAGGCCGAUGGCGGCGUCCGUGGGAAUCUCGCGGAUCUCGAUCGGGGGCCCCCCACCCCGGGCGAUGGCAGAUGCAAGGCGAUCAUUCGGCGUUGUUACCGCAUUGGUGAAUGUAGCGCCUCUAGUGGCUGCGGCGGGGAGGGUUGGAGGACGGUGGUGGAUCUGACUGGAGAAGAGGCAGAGGCGGCGGGGGGCGGGGGGGUAGAAGCAGGCUGAGAAAGAAAAUCCGAACCUCCCCCCUCACCCCCGCACGCGGCCUGUGUGGCUGGUGGCGUAGUAGUUUUAUGUUCAAGGGUCCUCCUGUAAGUCUGUGCCGAGCGUAUGCGGGCAUCUGGGGUCUGUGCAAAAACUGUAUAGCAGCGUACGCGAGUCUCUCUCUCUCUCUCUGUCUCUCUGUGGGUCUCCUCCGCACGUGGAUAGCUUGACACGCGUUGUGUCGCACGCGCCGACGGUAGUUUUCAGCCCGUAGCACGGACGCGUCGUUACACGCCUGCCGCUUGCAGAAGGACGAGGAGAAGGAUCGAGGAGGUCCCAACGCGGGGGCGAUUUCGACAGCGACGAUCGAUUUUGUCCCGGAGAGCGGGUGGAGAUGGACGCCGCUCCGACACCGCCACCGACAUUUCACGCUUCCGCAGAACCGGCCACCCGUCGCAUCGUAUUUAUUAAUCCCCCACCGCGCGCACGCACACACACACACACGCACGCACACACACGCACGCACACACACACACGCGCCCCGCCGCUCCGCUAUUGUCGGGCCGUCCGCGCGGCGGCCAAACCGAUCGCGCGCUGGCUUUUCGUUAACUUUAUUUGCGUUUGCGUUGUGCGCGGCAUAUUUAUUUAAUUUAAUUAAUCCCGCGCCCGUUUGUUGUUCGCUCCUCGAGAGGCCGGUGUAGCGCGAGUUAUUGUUUUAGUCUUUUUUUUUUUAAAUAUACAUGACGAGUGUUUCUUGGCAAAGAGAUUAACGUCUGGAGGCAAGAGAAGGGAGUUGUUGGGGGGGGUGGGGAGGGGCAAACGCGUGUGUC